AUUACAGUUACCAAUCUUGGUGAAAUACUUAAAAUAUAAAUGUAAAUAAUAAACACUUCGCCAAAGCUACGCAUUUAAUUUUCGUAGCAAUUGCUUACAUUUUUACAAAACUUUGCUAUUACUGUGUGAACUUAAAAAAGUCUUUUAUUUAAGAACAAAGGCUAUUUCAUAAAACUAUAUUAAUAAUGAUUACAAAAUAUGCUGUACUAAGCCGCACAGCGCGACUGCAAUUUGUGAACGAGACCACGGAGCUGGAAAACACUUCAUUGGAGAUGCAAAAUUAUACAGUGGCCGGUGGUACUCUUGUUAAAAUUACCCAGGAAUCACAGAUAUUGGCAAAUCAAUCAUCACCACCACCAACUGUACAGGUUUAUGUAUAUGACACAGUGCUUCGAGAGCCCGACACCAGGCGCACUUAUCAGUGUACGGUGGACAAUUUGUUGCCAGUAUGCGAUAAUUUCUGGCCUUUCAUAGUGAGCAUACCAGAACCACAACGCCGUUUGCAACUUUUACUUCACAAAGACCGUUGCGAUUGGCUCAGUAGUGCGAAUCCGGGUGAUGUGGUUAGUGUGCCAGGACGUUGCUUAGAGCAAGAUGGGAGUAAGCACUAUGAUUGUAUUGUUUGUUACAUUGGUCCAGUCCCGGAAAUUCAUCCAGUUGGGUAUUUCUUUGGUUUGGAGUUACUGGACAACACUCCAUCUCCGCAAAAAGAUGAAUUACCGUUCACAGGCAAGUAUUUCGAGUGUGAAGCCGAAAAUGCAAUAUUUACGACAGCUGACCGUAUAAUACCUAUGGCACCACCACAAGAGGAAGAACCAGUCGCUGCUGAGAAUCCAAAUGAAGCACCUGCAAGUGACUGGUCGAUAAUUAAUUUCUUCACUAAUACAAUGGUUCAAAUACGUGCAUCACUGCCAAUUUAGCUUGUGUAUUUAAAUUUCAUAAUUCCAUCAAGUAUAAAAUAUCAUUCACGGCAUUAAAUUCCAUAUGAUUUUCCCUCAUAUUUUGCUGUGGAUAUACAAAUAUUCCUUUUGGCGGGUCCCUGCGCCAUUUUACAUAUAAUUAUCUCACACAUUUUGCGUAAUUACUUGGUUAUUUAAGUAACAGACUAUAUACCUAAUAAAUUAAAUUAAUACAA